AUGGAAUCCACUGAAUACCCACCAGAGUAUACACAGGAACAACAAUCGACUGGGGAGACUGAGAGAAAGUCUGUACUUUAUGAAAUUAAACCUCUGAAACUCCAAAGUCAUCAAACCCAUUCAGUGGUUUCAAAGUUCGAUGGUGAACAAUAUUAUGAUGAUGGAAGUGGAUACUGGAAAAUCUUGGCCUUUAGAUCUUUGAUUUCUUGGAAUGAGAGUAGAAGACAAUGGAUUGGGUAUCAAUCUCAAAGAUCACCAGCAGAAAGAAUGCCAAAAGCAACUGUCAAAAGUUUUCUGGAAUUCAAAGAGCUUAAAGAUGAUAAUGAAUUACUGGAUGCCCAAGGAGGUUUUGGAAUCGAUUCCGGUAAGUUUUCCAAAUUUCUUAUAUGGCUUAAUGCUGAAGUGAAGCUAUCUGAUGAUGCAUCUAAAAUUCUGAUAUUAAAAUUCCGACUUAGAAAAUCUGAUAUUGAUGCUCCUGUGUUGACUUUUUUUGCCCUUGUGAUGACGGUUGCCUUUGUGGUUUUCUUAUAUGUUUACAGUUGCUCAUGUGCUCUUGAUUCAACAGACGAGAUCUACACAUUUUUUGCACGGAAUGAAUUUUACAAGUGGAGAAUUCAGUAUUGUAUGAAUUUUUAG